AUGCUCGGGUUCAAAUACACUCUGAACGGAAUUGAGCAUAAUACUGUGGAUCAUAAACUCAUUCGAACCAGGCUCUAUGCAAGAGUUCUGCAGGUGAACGGACCCUCUAACCUCGCGGCCCUAUUUCCGUUUUUAAAAGAAAAGCUGGACAUUGCCCUUCGCUCUGAACUUCUCAACGGACAAGCCAGCAGUAACGGCUUCACGCUACCUGUUGCUCAAACAGCACGCCGGUUAGCCUCAAAGCUGAUGGCUCUUGUUUUCUACGGUGAACUGCUUGCUACAGAUGAGACAUUUUCCAACGCUCUUUUACGAUAUCCAAGGGACAUGAUCAAGUGCAUGGCGGCAUUCCAGUUGACUCCCAGUUUUCUGUCUCCGACUGUGCAUUCGGUUCUGACGAAGCGGGGAGAAGCAAUGCGUACAAUACUAGGGCGUCUACGUACUAUUAUGAAGGCUGGAAGAGAAGAGUGGGAUGAGCCCGAGUCCACCAAAGAGGUAGCUUUUCCUACCCAAGCGGAGACCUUAGCAAUGACAGAUGACAGUGACUACUGGAAUCCUGAUCUACUAUCCCAGUCGCUCCUCGGAAUUUGGUUUGCCGCUUCGCACCAGCCGUGGAUGUUUUUAGAUUUCGUGCUCCUUGAGCUGUGCGCUCGUAAAAAUUACCAACGAGCACUGCAACAGGAAUUGGGACCUGAAUCCUUUAUUAAGGAAACCAUACGUCUGAAUCCGUUAGACAAAUUUGCAAUCCGGCGCAAGGCAUUGGAGUCUUACACCUUUUCCGAUGGAUUCCCAUCGGUAUCCAAAGGCGGGAUAGUGUGCGUGUCGGCAUACGACUUAAUGCACAACCUCAACUAUUAUCCUCGGCCAGAUGAUUUUGACGGAUCACGGUUCGUGCCAAAGGCGACAGAGCAACAAAGCAAGUUCACAGAGGUGUCUGACAAGUUUCCGGUGUGGGGUUAUGGAUCUCUUGCUUGUCCGGGUCGAUUUUAUGCCUCGCUGAUUAUGAAGUUGAUUAUUUCCCAAAUUCUCCUCACGUACAACGUGAGCCUUGAAAAUGAGAAGGCGCGGACGAAGUGGUAUUGGGAGAGUUUUACUAUGCCAUACGAGUCGACACGGAUUGUGUUGAGAGAACGUUGUCGUUCGUGA